AGGAUAAGGAAAUCCGCGGGGUUCGGCAGGGCGAAGACGAAGAUCUCUCUAACAGGUAUUUGUUCCAACUCCUUGUUUGUUUGGGUGUUGUUCCUAGUACUUUCCGAGUUAAGGUUAGAUCCCAAAAAUCGUGUCCUAAUCCGUAUCCCGGUGGGAAUAUAGAAUAGGGCUUGCUGUCUAUAUAUAUGUGACCAGAUCUACAUCCCCUUCCUUUGAUUCAAUUAUCUUCUGAUUUUUCGAUUCCUGUUUGGCCGCGCGGAAAAUCUAAGUCUUGUGCCGUCUUAAGGUUGAUCUCAGUACCUUAGUUCGGGAAAAAUUUGGUUUUUUGUGACUCCCUAUUGGUCUACUACCAUUAAAUGGAUCCCUUUAGAGACUGGUCGGGUCUUCCUCGGGAGAUGUUGGAAGCUUUGGUGAAGCAUUUGCUGUCCAUUGAAGAUUUCAUGGCUUUCAGAGGAGUUUGUGCUUCUUGGCGAGAUGCGGCAACCGAAGAUAAGUUUGUUAAUUCGUCGUCUCGGAUUCCCCUGCUUAUGCUUGCGGAUAAAAAAAGAUAGCGACCAACGUGAAUUUUAUAGCCUUUCGAAAAACAAGAUUAAUAUGACAUCGUCACUCCCGGAGGCAAAAGGUAAACGAUGCAUGGAAGCCGGGUUUGGGUGGGUUUUGACAGUUUCGAGCUCAGGGGAGCUCAAUUUAUUGAAACCUCUGACUCGUUCUCAAAUCCAACUCCCCAGCUGCACAACUUUCCCUGAUAACCAAGACACUGAUUUUUCUGACUUCUUAUUUAUACAAAGAGUUGCUCUGUCAGCUAAUCCAUCACACGCAUCAAGUUUUGUUCUUAUGGUAAUUCACGAAUGGGGUCAAUUCUUGGGAUUUUGGAGGCCUGGCGACCUGACAUGGACCAGUAUUGAGCCAGGCAUACACCAUUUUGGGGAUGUUCGUUUCUACAAUGGAAUCUUCUAUGCGGUGGAUAGACAUGGCGAUGUAUGGGCGUGGGAUGAAUCCUCAUCCAAACUCAAGUGUGUCUUUGGUACCAAUCCUAGAUCAUUCAUCAAUAGAGAUGCAUAUCUAGUGGAAUCAUCUAGCGGCAAGUUACUAACUAUUACCCGGGAUGGUGUUUUACUUAACGAGGAGGAUGAUCAAAGUUAUGGGGUCAACAACUUUAAGGUGAUUCAAUUGGAUGUGACAAAAUGCGAGUGGGAAGAGAUCACAUGUUUGGGAAACGAUGCUAUUUUUGUUGGCCAUAGUUCGGCUGUCGCUAUCGUGGCUUCUGCCUUUCCGGAUGUCAUUAAGUCCAAUUGUAUCUAUUUUACGGACGAUUGUUGGGAAGCCUACACCUAUAGGGAGAUGCUUGGAAGAGGAGGAGGGCGGCUUGGUUUAGGGGGCGGUGAAGACAUGGGAAUUUAUCAUCUUGAAGAUGGAAGUAUUGAGCGUUUCAGUAACAUCGAGUCUGUUAGCUUUAUAAGUCCGCCAGUUUGGAUAUCAUUCUAAUAAGCACUUAAGGCUUUUGUUUGUUAGGAUUUUGUUUGUUUUGUGGUUGAGUUAUAGCCAAAAUUGUCAUGAUUUUGUGUCUUGCAAAUUGCUGGAGGAUUUUAUUGUUUUGUGCUUUGUUUAUGCUGCCUCUAUCCAAGAUAAGAUUCAUGUAUGAAUAAAAUGCAUUCUUGGGAGGGGAAUUCAGAAUUGUUAUUUAGAGAGUUGUAUGUAUUUGUAUUAGUUAAGGUCAUUUAUUCUUCAAUUCUCGAGGUGUAUGUGUGAACCAACUUUAGCCGCUAGUAGGCACUUUUGGUUCGAGUGCACUCAAUAAUAUGCAAAGUUUACAAAAGUAUCAUUUUGAUAGUUGUUAAUUCUGUUUUUAAUACAAUUAUAUCCUACUGUGGAAGUAAUUUCAUUGGACAAUGAGUAACAGUAAUAUAUCCUGUGCUUCAUAGUUUUUGUAUGUUGCUAUUUUCCAUGGCUUCUGGCGCUGCUGGUGCCUGGAUGCAAUCAAGUAGUUGUUCGUAUGAAUGCAUCUUUGGAAGUAGCACCCAUUUAUUGGAGAAUGUAGAUUUGAUGCUGAAAUAGGAUUCAAAUAAGUUAACAGUGAUAUAAAAGGAGAGUAGGCAUUAGACGGGAAAUAUAACUAGUUUGAUGGUUAUUUUCUUUGGAUUUGGUUACUGCUCUUCCAAAUUUGAAGCUGAGCCAUAUGAUGCAAAGUGAAUGGAGAACAGAUCUGGCCCUAUGUGAUUACAUUACAACUUUGGUGGGGAUUUGUUUCACUCUUUCUGGUUAUUGAUUUGCAUUUUAACUACACCGUUUUCGCAUUUCCUUUGUAAAACAAAACCCUUAAUGUUUCAAAUAGAGCCAAAGAUUACCCACAUGACAAUUUAGAAAUUUGAUCAGUGCAUGGCUUUCAUGUACACUGCCAAUUAUCUGUUGUAUUUCAUCAUCCAAAUGAAUUAGGCAGAGAAGUGAAUGGAUACAACUCAUACAAGUAGUUUGAUACACCAUCUACUGUUUGUUCAUAUAUCUUAACUUUUCUGCAAAUAGUGAGCAUGCGUCACCACUUCCCUCGAGGCUCGAGCCCAAGCACAGGGGACUUGUCGCAAGCCAUUUCUCUUGAUCAAAUUUUCUUCACCUUGUCAUUAAGUCCAAUUAGGAACUUCCAGUGCCACCUUGCUUGUGCCAUUAUAUACUUCAGCGACACCCAUGCAUUUAAUUAGACAUUGUACCACUAAAACAUACUCCUUCCAUUUCAAAAUGUAGGUCGUUUUA